AUGGCAACAGUACCGACUCCGCACCGAACGCCUCUACGGCGUCUCUCGCAAGGCUCGCUCUUUCGGCUGUCCCGCUCAGGCGCGUACCCCGACGCGCCGCACGGUCUCGGCUUCCUCGAGCCCGCGCUCAGCGAACUGCUUGACGAGGCCGAAGCGCUUCAGACCAACGUCGAAGGGCUGCGCAACCUCAGCGAUGCGCUCUCCACAUUCAAUGAGAGCUUCGCGAGCUGGCUGUACGUCAUGAACAUGAACGCGCUCACCACGGACUGGCCACAGGCUCCGACAGAUGCGAGUUUCGAGCUUGCGAGGAGGCGCGCAGGUAUGCUUAAUCGUGUGGUAGAGGAGGACACGCUGGCCGUGAUGGAAGCGAUGAAAGCCGCACAAGCUGCACAAGCUGCCCUGGAGCCCUCGUCUGUCACGGAAAAGACAUCGUACGGAAGCGAGCUAGACACAGACACGACAUAUAACGAAAACCCGAAUGCGACCACGUCGACGAACUCUGCUACACAGGCGCCGAAGAGCAUCCUGAAGAAGACUGGUGGCAGGCAGAAGCUGACAGCAAAAGAGAAGAAGGAGCGCGACAUAAUCGUUGAGCGCAUUAUCACGAGCUUGCCUCUGGAGUUCCGAGGGAGCGACCCGAAUUUGAGGAGACACAUUGAGCUGGUCAUCGAGGGGUUCUUGGACAGAGAGGGACGAGGCGUUGCUUUGACUGAGCUCAUAAAGCUGCCAGACCUCAACCAGGCUCGCGUGAAUAAGUGCCUCAUCGCUCUUGUGAACCGGAAAAUCGUGCGCAAGGACAACAGCACUGUACGUCCAUCACUUUUACCACUUCCAGCCAACUGA